GAUUAGGAAAUCGACAUAUUACAUAUUCUCCUAUGUUUAUAAAUAGAAAAAAAAACAUCAUUUUUGUUAUAUUUGUAUGUCUGAAGGUGAUAUUUUGUGUUGACAAUAGCGACUUGUAUUUAAUUAUCAGAAAAAAGUUGAAGAUAUGAAGUGGCUAUUAAAUUUGACAGCCACCAUAUGCUACCUCAAUCUUUCCGCAGCAGAAGAGGUGAGGCUUCUAGACCUGGAACCCAACGAAGCGGAAAACAUCAUAGAACAACAAGACCAAACUCUCAAUUAUGCACCAAAAAUCGAAUCUAAUGUGCCUGCUGUCCGAUUAAUAGGUCAAGUGCCCCAUGAAGUCCUCGAAGAUAUUUAUUUAGCUAAGCAAUACCAUGGUCAAGAUGGUUUGGGGGGAUACCUCUACGGCUACCAAAUACCAGACAUAUCAAAGAAUGAAAGGAAAAAGGCUAGUGGAGACCUUAAAGGUUCUUACAAUUAUAUAAACGGAGCUGGACAAGAAAUCAAGGUUGAAUAUUGGGAUAAUGGUAACGGUUUUCAUCAAAGCGACAACAUUCCGCAAAUCUUGCCACAACAGAUUGAGGAAUCUCCUGAAGUAAAAGCUGCCAAGGAUGCUUUUUUGAAGAGAUGGCAAGAGGAAGCUGAGAGAAAUAGUCAUCCAAUUGAGAGUCCAUUUAACGGUAAAGGGCAAUACGUUAGCGGACCUCUGACUAUCCAAGAACAGCAGACGACACAAUUGUUUGGUCAACAAUUUCAAGGAGCUGCAUCUGCUCAGCAAAAAAUUUUUGCUCAACCACAACAGCAAAACAAUGAAGACAACUUUAAAGAAGAUGAAGGAAAAUAUGUGCCAGAAGAAUCAGAAGAAAGUACUGGACCUCCAAAAGGAUUCUUUUACAAAUUUGAUUACCCUGUGGGAAUUAUCACCCAAGAUAAAGGUAGGGCUCUAAAUGUGGGAAAAGAUGGGGAUUUGAGAAAUGUUUAUGAACAAAACAAGCAACGUUUUGAGAGACAGUUGGAAAAUGGAGGUGGAAAAAGUGAUUCCCGAUAUUUUAUUGCUAAAAAGUAAGAGAAUACGAAGGAGAUGUUAACAGAAAGCCAAUAUUUAGUGCCAGAUAUAAUUUAACUUUAUAUUAGAAAUAUUAAUAAAAAAGUUAAUAAAGCUGAUGAAAUUAUUAAA